AUGGAGGUUGUCUCCAGAGACAGAAAUGCCAAUCACAGACCGCUAAAGUUUGCAGAAAGACCGGAACGCAAACAGUGGAAAAAGCUGCUAUGGCUCAAACAAGAUUACCCAGACAAUUACACAGAUAAGUCGUUUCUAUCACAGUUAAAGCGUAAUUCGACCGUGGUUAACUACUCAUAUCUGAAGCUGGUGAAUGACUUUACUCUGAUAGUGCUACAUCUUUCGGUUUUGGCCUUGGUCAACAUCGUGUUUUUUGGGGUCUAUAGUCUGGACUGGAACCCCGUGGUUCCAACCUUUAUCAGUUCCACGCUAACCAUGGCAGGAUUUGCCAUAUAUGUAUUCACAUUGAAGAGGCGACACCAGCAAGAGGUGGUAAUAGCUCUUGAACGAGAGCGAAAGCUCAAGACCAACAAAUUUCGUCCCUUUAUCCAGACCUCCAGAUCCAGGUCAACCUCCAGACAAGGAUCCAAUGUUCCUUCGAGAGAAAACUCCCAGAACCGAGGAAACGGGACUUUGAACCCAUUGACACCAUCCACCAUACAUGUUGUCACCGAAUCGAACCCACCGUCCGUGGCCAACACUCUGAAAUCUUGCAUCCUGAUUGUACUGACAUUGCUCACGUUUUCACCAGUGUUGAAGUCGCUCACCAACUCCACCUCCUCGGACUCCAUUUGGGCUCUUUCUACAUGGCUUUGUUUCUUCAAUGUUCUGUUCAACGAUUAUACUAUAGAAUUUCCCAGUUUGCACCACCACGACCAGCAGCAGCAACAGCCUCUUCAGCAGCAGCAACACACGCAGGUAUCCAAUUCCAACAUUUCCAAGAAUUUGUCACUUUCCAAUGCGAUUGUGUUAGCCUCUCGACUCAACUCUAAUCUUGCAGUGUUCUGUUUCAUAGUGUUCUCCAUACAGCUCAAUGGUCUAUUUCCUAUGUUCAACAACUUCACCAGAAAGGUUGGAUAUACCAGGUUUCACUGGUUCCAGGUUACUGUCGUGGUGCUUGGUGUGGACAUUGCGGUGUACCAAAUGGGAGGACUGGUUUGGCUUCUCUGCUGGACGAUUGCUCACUUCACCAUCAUCAUGGUGGGUCCUGCGUACUUCCUGGCGCUGCAGAAGUAUAAAGACGAGCUACAAGGUCCUUGGGAUCCGGCCCAACCCAUAUUGAAGAACAACGGGUUAUGA